UGUCCGUGGCAUGUGGGGGGCGGACCUAUGUCUUAUCAGCAAGAGGAGGCUAAGCUGCGCUAGUGUUGCAAACCGUAAAGAAAAUGGCGGCCGUGGCUGCGGAGCCAAGAGCUGCUGGGGCACCAUCAGCAGUGGGGGACGGAUCGGAGCUCGAACCGGAGCCAGCUGCUCAGAGCAUCGAGGCCGAAGCCGGUCGGGCGGAAGAGCGCACGUCAGUGACGGGCGCCGCGGCCCUGGUCGAGGAUGGGGAUGCAGCUUGGGAAUGCCCGGCUGGUAGUGAGAAGCGGGACAGGCCGGACUCGGAAGCCGCGGGAAAAGCCCGCACGACUUUACCGGGGCACGUCGGAACCGGGUACCCCGGGGAAAGUGAGUCCGAGGCGGCCCCGACAUGUCACGGCUUGACGGAGCCCGGACGCGACGGCGGAAACUUGACUGCGGAGUUUUUGCCAAGUGCGAAGGCUCCCGGCGAGGUGAGCCCGGGCGAGCCCCGCAGCUGCUUCCAGCCCGCUUUCCGAGCCGGCGCCGAACCGCCCGCCGUCUCCCUGCACUCUCAUCCCGCCCAUCCCCCGGUGAUGGAGACCGGACCUGCGGAAACUGUGACCGUCGGCUCCGUGCUGCCCGAACCCGACGCCACAGAACCGGGCGCGAUUGAGCGCGAAGGAGCCACGACUGGACUUUGGCUCGAAACCGGACCGGGGUCGCGACUCCUCCAGGAUGCGGCGCCGAAGUGUCCUCACCCCUCGGACCGAAGCGAGUCCCAGUCGGUCGUGGAGCAAACUGACAACCUCGAGUCCACCGAGGCCGAGAAAGACAUUAUAGCGGAGGACAUGGAAAGAUGUCCCGCGUACCCCUGCGACGCUCUCGCCGGGCGGGACUGCGCUGCGUCCGGACUGGCGGACGCUCACCUGCAGUCCCGGACGCCGGACGAACCGGCCGAGUGCGACGUGAAGCCCGCGGUUCCGUGCGCGGCGUCCAUAACGCAGCUGAUCCCGGGCUCCGAGGUGCGGGUCUCGCUGGACCACAUCAUCGACGACGCCCUGGUGGUGUCCUUCCAGCUGGGGGAGAAGCUUUUCUCCGGGGUCCUCAUGGACCUUUCGAAGAGAUUUGGACCUUAUGGAAUCCCAGUCACGGUAUUUCCCAAGCGGGAGCACAGGGAUAAAUCAGAAUCUAUGCAGCUACGGAACGAGUCAUUCCAGCCAGAGACGGAGAAGAGUGAAGAUCAGGAUUUCCCCGCCUCACCGAAGGAGCCUGACCAAAGCCCCGCCCUGUCGGAUCCCACCCCGAGCCUAUGGACCUCAAAGCCUCCCCCCUUGUUCCAGGAAGGGGUCCCCUAUCCCCCGCCUUUGUUUAUCAGGGACACGUACAACCAGUCGAUACCUCAGCCCCCACCCCGCAAGAUCAAGCGGCCAAAACGGCGACUCUACCGUGAGGAGCCCACGUCCAUCAUGAACGCCAUAAAGCUGCGGCCGCGGCAGGUCCUGUGCGACAAGUGCAAGGGGGCUGUGGUGGGGGACAAGCGAGAGCUUAGGAGGGGUCCCGGGGCUGACUACCGGGGGGAGGAUGCGAAGCGGCGGAAGAACGAGGGGCCCCUUAGCAAGCGGCCCCGCUCCGAGGACAGAGGACGGGGCGCCGACGGGUCCAAACGGCAUGCACCCGCAGUCGGACAGGCCAAGACCGGCAAGGUGGUGAAGACGACGACGACUACGGCGGCGGCCAACAACUCCCGGGUGCAGCUGAGUGCCAAGAAGGUGCUGCAGAGCAAGAACGUGGACCACUCGAAGGCCCGGGAAGUGCUCAAGAUGGCCAAGGCGCAGCGGCAGCAGCGGGACACGGUGGGCGGCGAUGCUGAGGCCAAGACCACACGUGCCUCCUCGCUGCGGGACGCCCACCAGAAGGUCCACUUCACGCGCCGGGGUGUCGGCGGAGGCGGUGGGGGCGGCCCCAGGCGCACCAACCCCCUACCCCCACGCAUCCGCAUCAAGCCCCAGAGCACUGCAACACUGAAGGGCUGCUGAUCGCAUCCGGAAAUCCAAAUACUGCCAUUCUGUCAAGAGCCGUCCUGGAAGGGCACAGGAUAAAAAAAAAACAGGAUCCGUAUUUUUUAUUUAAGAUGAAGAACUAUAUCUAUAUAUAUAUUUAUAAUGAAUCAACGCUGACUCGCUCCGUCUCCGUCCUCGUCCACCAUGCUGAAAACCAUUUUAUCGUACAGGUUUUGCGUAUGAAUCAGCGAUAAGUGUGGGGGUCGAGAAACCGCCACAGGACCCUCUCCCCCCUCCGCAAUACUGAGAAGCACAGCGGAGCGCCCCCAGCUGGUGGUUAAAGGACAUGGUAUUAUGCCAGAGUUUUUAAUUGUAUGUUCUUUUUUUUUCCUGUGAUCUUGAAAUACAAAAAUAUAUAAAAAAAAAAUGUAUAAAGACACAAAAAAUUAAUGCAAUUAAUAUUGCAUGUGCUAUGCUAUAAGGAUUCGGUUCCCGGGGUCGUGGAGUCGUCUCGAUGGACCCUUGUCUCCAUCCUGACGUCCUCGAUGUCCUUAGCAGUGCAGAGAGAUUCUCGGAGCUCCACACAGCCUUAUUAGGACUCUGCUUUAAGCUCUUCUUGGUGUCAGGGCUGUUUCUUCUCCCUCCACUAGGGGCUUUGACUGUUGCCGUACUAAAGUGUUUUGUACCCGGUUAGCUUUGAUCUGUGCGUGCACGCGCGCACACACACAGACACACACACACACAUGCACAAACGUGUGUAUUUAAGCACACGUGUACAGGCUAGCUCACCCACUGCUUCCCUGUCGCCUCCCUCGAACCCGAGUCUCCAGUGGAAGAACUCCUCGAUGAAUGCUGGAAACUAGUACAGAACCAGUAAAGGCCCAGUGCCAGCUGGAACAGGAACAGGUACGGAGCCACGGGAACAUGAACAUCUUCAGUGUAGAUGCUUCUCAUUACAAUCCGUCUCUCGCUUUAGCUUUUAUUUGUGUAUCUGUACACCUUUAUGAAACACAGUAAACAUGAAUUCUGCCUUCGUAUUUGAAUGUGAAUGACUUUUAUUAUGAAAGAUGCUGCGCUUUUUGGUAGGCUCUUGUUUUUCAUAGGAGAGUUCGUCCCGCGAAUGUCCCGAAAUCCCCCAAAGUCUGAGAACUUUUAAGGUAGAUCUCAGGGUGCAGGCACAGGAGGUUACGGUCUGGAGAAACAACGUGUACGUUUUUUUUUUUUGUUUGUUUUUUUUCCUUUUCAAAAUAAGAGUCUAAAACGUUAAAUUAAGAUAUUUGUAUGUUAUAAGUAUUGCUGUUCCAAAAUAGAAAAAAAUGUAUUUGUCCAUUGGCAUAACUGCCCACGUGAAAAUGCUCAGGCAAGAACCAAAAAAAAGUCGUACGGAAAUAUGGCAACUUGACUUAGGUAUGCUUCUUCUGUGUUUACUGUAUUAUUAAAGAUUUUAUAUUCA